AUGGCCUCCGCACGUCAGUUGGGCCUCCACGGUGCUUGGGGCCAGAUCCAGAUCCACCGGCGGGGUGCUGAUGAGGCAGAGCGCAGCGGCACUGGGAGCGGGCUGCUGACGAGGUCUUGGGGCGUGCGGCUGCCAGGUGGGAGCGCCACCGGCGACUGGGCGACAACAGGCUGCGUCCUCGGUGUGUUGCUUCGAACGAUGGCUUUUUCGAUGCUGCCCGCCUUGCGCCCUAAUGACUGGCGUGCGGUCAUCUGUGUCCGUGUCUGCCGCAAGUGGGAGUAUCGUGGUGGGACCAAUGACGGUCCGGUUGGUCAGUCUAUCAUUGGUGAAGGUCGGCUCCCAAGCAAUUUUUACUGGUCCAUGUAUCUCUCCAUUUAUUUAUGCUGGUUUCCUUUUUUCCACUAUAGGGCAACAGUCUCUAUGGUGAAAUCCCUGGACCUGAGGGUCUCCAAUGCGAAGGCAGCCUACAGGCCUGUUGACGCCCCCUACAUGGUUAAGUUCACACUGCACACCACUGUGUCGGCUGCAAGAAGUGGCAUGCCUGACUUCCCAAAAUAUGCGUACAAGAUCACUCCUAUAGAUGGCCUUGCUGCUCAUUCUGGUGACACUAAGAACUUCCAUGAUACCAUUGGAACACUGGUGGAGGUAUCUGACAUCCACACUGUGCAUCUGCCUAACAAACCUGCGCCCACGCUCUCCAGGCACAUUGUUCUUAGGGACCUUAGCUAUUCUGAGAUAAAGAUCACUCUGUGGGCCCAAAGAGCCACUGCGUUCUCUACUGAGGGUGUCUACGACAGCAAUGAAGCCAAGCCAAUCGUUGUCCUGUUUGUCGGAGGACUGGUGAAAUCUUUCCAAGGCAGCUACUACCUAAGUGGCAAUACAGCAUGCCAUUGGUAUUUCAAUCCAACGAUUCCAGAGGCGCACCAGUUCUAUGCGAGUUUCCACAACCAGAGGCUUGAGAUAAGGUCAGUCGCAGCACCAGUGCGGCAGCAGAUCCAAGUCUAUGUACCAGCACAGCUUGAUGAGAAGAACCUGAAACAGCUAAACGACAUGAACCCAUAUGAAUUCUCUGAAAAUCGAUACCGCUGCACUGUCACUAUUGGACGCCUUGUUCCCAACACAUCAUGGUGGUUUCCAUCUUGCAACAAAUGCAGCAAGUCCUAUGUGCCAGAUGGUACUGGAUAUAGAUGCAUUCCAUGCUCAAACACAUCGUUCAAGUUCAAGUACAAGGUGUGUUUCAUAGCCCUCGAUGGCACUGAUGAAGCUGAGAUGGUUUGCUUUGGAGACAUUGCUCGUCGUAUGAUUGGAAAGCUUGUCCAGCAGCUUCUGAGGACAUCUACAAGUGCUAAUGCAUAUCCACCUGAUAUAACAAAGCUGGUCUCUCCUAGAUUCACUUUCGUAGUUACAAUGACCCGUCAGAGCUACUACAGGGCCCAGAAGACCUACAAUGUUGCAUCUCUGGUGACAGCACAUGGCCAUCCUGUUGCUGUUCCGGCUAAUGCUGCACGUGGUAAUGCUGGAAACAAAGACCAUGGCCAUCUUGGUGCCGCUGAAUCUGGUGAUUCCUCGGGUACAAGUGAUGGUGCAGAUACACAUCAGCUGUUGUCUGCUGGUACACUGGAUGGCACUCUGUCUUCACCAGGCCUUUUUAAACAUAUGUUUCUUCUAACACCUAGAUUUAGUGGCGCUGUUUCAAGGCUUUUGUGUGCGAUGAUCACAAUCCUUGCUUCCUGCAGGCUCCACCGCCCAAGCUUGAUGGCCUUGAAACACCGGCGUCGAAGAAACAUUCUAGAAGUGGCCCAUCCAAGAGCAGCAACCAUCCUUCCUCUCGCCGUAGGCUUUUCAAAGAGGGUACUGGUGCUGACAUUGCUGAUCCAGACGGUGCAGGCGCAAGCGCUGCGUCUGACAAGACUCAGGCUCCUGAAGAGGACCGCUCCUCUGGGGAACCUUCUACCGCUGAGGAGAGCGGCUAGAUAA